ACUCACUCACUCACUCAGUCGUGUCCAAGUUUGCGUACGAUUUACGCGUGCCUCUCAAGCUCGAUAGAACUUGAGUUCUUUGUCCUAGCAUUAAAAACAUAUAUAAAUUGUGACGAAAGCAAAGUUUUUGGUUAAAUUGAGUGAACGGACGAGGUCGACGCGUGUGCAACUACAGUGUAUUACUAAGCCAAGAGCACAAAUGCCCAACGAAAUUGCAACGUAAUGCUAUUCUGAGUACAUACCGUGUCUAAUUUCCAAUUGAAAUAAAUUGCAAGUUCCUAUUUGCUAAUCGAGUUCCUUCUCCGUGCUUUGUUCUAUCGGCGAUGGCGAAAGCAUCAUGUUUAAAGUACUUAGGGAGUGCUUAACGCCGGCCUUUUGGCAUACUUUUCUGUUGUGGUGCGCCUGUUCGUGAGUCACUGCGGGUUGCGAUGUAAUCGAAAUGACGGACGUGCGGUUGCAUGAGCCGAGCAAGUGGCACCGAGGAGGAUUUCUGUCUUCUCUCAACAAAAGUUUCCGAUUGGCCAGCGGCAAAUCUAGAAGUGAGAACAGUUCGCCGGUGGAUAGUAAAUCCAUCGAACAAACUUUGGACAUGGCGCGUACGGGCUUAAACUCUUCGAAUGAGGCUUCCUUGUCCCUGAGGCCUCUGGAGAUAGUGGCCCCUCGAAUUGACACCUACAGGUUCUCGAUGGCGAACCUAGAGGAGACACAAGACGCUGACUUAGAUGCUAUCCUGGGAGAGCUCUGCGCUCUCGACUCUGAGUAUGAUGAAGAAAUAUCGAGGGUCUCUUCUGGUCACACAUCUGCUUCCAAAGAACGAGGGGAAAGCAGCGAACGCUGCUCCCAAAGACCAGUUUGCAUCAAGGAGUGCAGUGAUGCGGCCUCCAACAUCACCCGCACGGACUCGCCCGACAAUGAUUCCGCAUUUAGUGAUACUGUAUCAAUGCUUUCGAGCGAAUCAUCCGCCUCAAGCAGUGCAAGUUCCAAAGCUUUGAAACUUAAUUUACACCAAAACCAAAAAGAUGCUAGUUUCCAAUUGAAAGCGGAUAAAAUAAAAUUAGCACUGGAACGAAUGCGUGAGGCCAACGUAAAGAAGUUGUUCAUCAAAGCAUUUUCAAUGGAUGGCUCCUCCAAAAGCUUGCUGGUUGACGAGAAAAUGACGUGCGGCUACGUUACCAGACUUCUGGCUGACAAGAAUCAUGUCACUAUGGAACCGAAAUGGGCUAUUGUUGAGCACAUAUUAGAUUUGCAUAUGGAACGAGUAUACGAAGAUCACGAGUUGCUAGUUGACAAUCUUAUGUUGUGGACGAGAGAGUCCAAAAACAAAAUCAUAUUUGCUGAGAGGCCUGACAAGAUAUCAUUGUUCCAAACGCCCGAGAAAUUUCUUUUGACAGAAGACGAUCGAGGUUGGUCCAGCGAACACGACGAGCAUUCAAGACAAGUUAUUUUGGAAGAAUUUUUCGGUCAAAGUGGCGGGACCACUAGCACCGUUCCUUCGAUAUCCGGUCACCCGGUGCCCCCCAUGGAGGGGCCCCUCUAUCUGAAGAGUGAUGCCAAAAGAGGAUGGAAGAAAUUCCACUUCGUCCUUCGACCUUCCGGACUAUACUACUCGCCGAAGGACAAAGUGAAGACACUGAAAGAGUUAGUCUGCUUGGCGACUUUCGACACUAACGAAGUUUACUUAGGGUUGAAUUGGAAGAAGAAAUACAAAUCGCCGACAGAUUACUGCUUCGCAAUCAAACACCCGAGACUGCAGCAACCAAAGAGUGUUAAGUUCAUAAAGUUCCUGUGCGCUGAUGACCAGCGCACCUUAGAGCGAUGGGUGACCGCCAUCAGAAUAGCAAAGCAUGGAAGGCAGCUGUUAGAGAAUUACCGUUCAUUAGUAGAAGAGCUUACACAAGAAGACUUGGACCAUUUAGCACAUGCGCGAUCUUGUUCGAUAACUUCGAUCCCGACUAAGACCAACGGCGGCGCUACUGCGGGCGUCAGCAGUCCCGUGCAGUCGACCGCCGGCAGCGUCGCCAACUCCGACAUCAGCAGUGGCAGGCACUCCCGCGCAUCUUCGUCUAGUUCCAGCGGCUGUUUGUCCGAUGGCGGAACGGCUUCGGAGAGUGCAUUCGAUUGCGAAUUCCCUAUGGGUACAAUAAAACGCAAGCCAUCCAUGAAGCCCAACAUCCCGCUCACAUGGAUGACGCGCCAGCUGAAGGAGAUGGCAGAGAAGGGCGGCGAGCUGGAGGGCGAGGGCGAGGUAGAGGGUGAGGGCGAGGAUGAAGGCUGCGGAGACGGCGGCACGCUUACACGCCGCCCGCGCGCCGCCCGCGACGACUCCACGCUCAAGCGGCACCAUACCAUCGAAUCGGCCGAUUCUGUACUGUAUGGCACCACAACCAGUAGCCUCUUAGGAUCAUCGAGUCCUACCUUACCAGACCCGCCAUCGCCAUCGUACGGACAUUACGAAAGCAUUCCAAGGGAUUCACAUCGCAGCAGCGUGGACAACUCGUCUGCUUUGUACGGCUACACGACCAUUUAUGAAAAAGUACAGCCUGCACCUGAACCCGUCCAAGUCCUACAAGAUCUACCACUGCCUCCACCGCCCAGCGAAGACGUACCAGAUGGUAUGUUUAGCUCGACCUUAAGUCUAGAUUCUCUUCCGCCUCCACCACCUCCUUUAGAAACGAUGGAGGAUCUCUGCGGCUCGCAGCUCAGUCUACCGCCCCCUCCCCCUGAACACGCGAUAGACGCCCACACAGGCAGAGUGCACGACAUAGUUAACCAACUAACCGCUCAGCAGUUAGAACAAGCAGCACGUGCAGGCCAAGCACAGGCACAAGUCAACCUCAGGGCCAACAACCGCAACUCUGAUCCCAGUCGAACGUUCCCAAGGCAGCCGUCCCUCGACAGUGUCCACUCCGAAGCGUCUCGGACGUCCUCCCUGCACUCGGACAAAAGUAUUUACGGUCAGAAUCCUGCAUACGGAGCAUGCCUCGUUGAGCUUCAAAACAAGAAAAUAAGCAACGGUAGUCCAUCUAUACAAAAAAAGAUAACCAGUGAACCCAGCAAAGAACGCACGGGAUCGAUAAAGAAAGUAAUUUUUGCUGAUGAUCUCCCCACCAAAAAUGAUGAUCCCAAGAAAAACAAGAAAAUAUCUUUCAACCUCAAAGAGCCCCUACCGCCAUCGCCACGUAAGCCACUGCCGCCUAAGCGGAACGAGAGCACAAGACUGUCGUCGCCUAAAAAACUGGCGGACUCCAACAGCAAUCCCCCGAAAGAGUUUCUGAAGGACUUGCAAAGGGUCAUGCGGAAGAAAUGGCAAGUUGCGCAAAAGUGCAAGCUGGAACCGGCGACGACUCCGCACGAGGUGCUGGGUUUUCGGGAGUACCCUCUGACGCAAGAUUACAAGGAGACUAGUGUUUCUAUGUGGAUACAGGAGCAUUACGGGGGUCUUGUGGAGGAUCCAUUCUACGAGAACGUAUUCGGGCGGGAGGAAAGGCCGAGGCGGGAAGAGCCCAAGCCCAUAAAGAAGCGUCCGCCGCCGGCGCCGCCGCGCCGCAGUGAGUCCACGCACCUCUCCUCGCACUCGCAAGCGGCCGCGCAACCAACCGUCUGAACCGCAAACGCGGAACCAUCCGAUGAUCACUUUUCAUCCCUUUGUCCAUACACACAAGACUUUGGGCUUAAAGCCCCAUUGGUUUCGGGAGAAGGACUCGACGAGAAAAAUACCUAACAAAAAGAACUUCGAUUUGAAAAUGUCACAUUAAAGACAAAUCACUUUUAUUGGCAUUUUCAUAGUUUUUGCGGGAAAAGUAAGCAAGUGAACGAUUGCGCGUUGUUGCGUGUAGUGUCAUGGGAUGUCAACCCAAAAACUAGUGCGGUAUGGUACAAAGUCCUGCCAGAUCGUGGUGUCCUGUAGGCUAACUUGAAACAUUAGCCUUACGGUGUGCGGGAAAAUUAUUGAUUCGAUGGGUCACGCGACAAUGUCGACGACUUCAUGCAUCUGGACAAAAAAAAUGGUAACUUUUGAUUAAAAAAAAUGUUUUUAUUAAGUAUUUAUCGCUCUCUGAGGAAACAAAUUGAAAUUUUCAUUACUUAAAUUUUACUAUUCUCACCGUAACGUACAGAAUUUACUGUUAUUGUGUUUGACACAUAACGACUGACCAAUUCCAUGAAUUAUACAAUAAAUUAGAUGGCAAAUUAGAAUUAAUAUUAAUAAUUAAUUUAUGUAAAAAAAUGAAAGGCGGUGCUAUUUUGAAAAGGUAUACUCUAAGGUAUGUAAGUUGGAGUUCUUCAGCUUGUAACAUAAAAAUUGGUAAUUAUGGUUAAUUAAACUCGUAAAAAGUGUGCGCUAAAUUUAGAUAUUGUUACAAACUGAUCAACACCACGAAUGCGAAAUGUGUUUAUUGCACGAGUUGGAGUUUUGUCAAUUUUAUUUUAUGUUCCUAGAUAAUUAUUACGAGUUGAACAAAAUUUUAAACGUGUCUAUUUAACGAUGGUCAUUAUAUAGUCUAACAUUCCUUAGUCUAUUCACCCUGGAAUGGACGGAUUCUGUGGUGAUUUUAUAUAUUGCUAACAAGUUACGGUUAGAUAAUAAAUAAAUUAAACAUAUUAUUUUAAUAGAUCUACUUGUUCAGGCGUCUUAUAGCAUACCAAUUUUGCAACAGCAAUUACAUGGGAUCUUCUUUUUCUUCUUUUCGAGUUAAUUCUUUCUUUUCAGGAUGUUCUUAUCUGGCCAGGGUAAAGACUCUUUAAAAGAUUGACUUUCGGCUUAUCAGCUAAAGGGCGAUAUAUAAUAUACCCAUUUGGAGGCUGUUUGUAUUUCCAAAGAAUUGGUGUCUGCAUGCGUUGGCAAAAUAUUUUGUAACUAGAAAAAUUGGCUUCCUGAUACUUUCUUAAAUGAUCCCAGUGCCAUGUUUGUCAAUCUGUUAAGAAUGUUCCCUCCUUCCGGUUGAGUAUGAAGCUUUGCUGUGCUAACAGAAGUCGAUGUUGUAAGCUGCAACAUUACUAAGUAAGCUGGUUAUCUGCUAUAGAAAAAUUCACACUAGGUGGAGUGGGAGUAAAGGUGCUUAAUAAGAUGGCUGGUGUAACGGAUAAAUCUACUCUAGGGGACAUAACCUUGCUGGAAAAUUCUGUCUCGUUGAGUCAUUUGUUAUUCCUGAUUAAUCCAAAAAUUCUGAACGUUCGAACGAACGAACGUAUGGUAAAUAGUUGCUGUCUUAUUAAUAUUAAUAAAUAAAUGAGUCUUAUUAAUUAUUCCCUAAAAGAUAUUUAUUGUCCGUUAACUAACGCAUCAGGUGUGUAGGCACACUGUCCCGAUCCCCGCAAGUAUUGUUAUUAAGCCGAAAAUACCCAUUGCAAUAAUCGAAAACAUCAUUAAUCCUUGCACUGGGAAAUAGUUCAAAAGAUUUUUAAUCUAAUAGACUUGUUUUUUAUUCACCAUUGUGUAACUAAAUACACUACUUGUAUAUAUUAUCAACAUUUUCAGUUCGAUUAUAUGUAAGUAUAAUUUAUUUUUGGUGGCUUAAAGCAAAGGUUUAGACGUUUUGGAGUGUUGUAUCGGAGUUUGAGUUACUUACUGUUGCCAACCUGUCUCAUACAAGCCAACGGAAUCCAAUCAAUAAGUUGUAUGGAUAAAUUCAUCACAAUAACAACUGACGCAUUCGGCAUCUUGUUACUCAUUCGUAUUUAGAAUAGUAUGAAUAUAUAUUUCAUAGUUCCAUGGUGUAGAUAUAUAUUUAACGUUUGUCGUAUGUAGUAGCACCACGUUGUAAUAAUCGACGUUAAUGUAGCAAAUAGUGAAUCCCUACAUAAUUCCUAAUGUGUGCCAUAGUCGAAACAAAAAUAUUAAGCUUACUGUUAUAUAUGUACAACUUUUUUUUACUGUUACAAUUAGAUAAAUUAGUUGUAUAGUUUUGAACACUGUUUUGAUGAACAAGAUAAAAAAAGGAUUCGUUCGUAUGGUAGCGUCGCCGUUUGUUAUAUUCUGCAGUGUUAAUUUCAUAACUUGAAAGGGACAAAAUGAAAAAUCCACAGAACUCCAAUGUGUAUGAUCUCAAUUUGUACCAGCUGUAAGUGUAUGUGUUUGGGCUGUGAUAUUCGAGUCUGGCUUGUUUCAUGAUAAUUUCUCUCUCUCAAUAAGGCGCUGAAAACCUAACCUAACAGCAGCUGUAAUUUUAUACAAAUCUAUUACUUACAAUCAAAUUCUCAUUGUACUGUAUUGAUAUUUAAAAUUUUAUAGGUACAUAUAUAUCUAACUAUGAUAUUUGAAAAUGACUGUUUCGUGUUUUUAAUCUAUUUAAAUAUAGGUAAUUUAUACUUUUGUUUUAAUAUAAUAUUGACUAUGCGCGAAAAGUUACGCAAAUAAGGUUAAUUCGACAGCACAAUAACUUUUACAAUAAUAAUCACAUGUGUAACGCAAAACUGAGGCUAUAUCAUAAACAUGUGUUUUGGAAUUUGACUAUGUUGAAGUCAAAUCCCAAAACUUGCCAGCACAUCAUUAUUAACCAUGUUCUCUCACUGGAUAGCUUUUACAGUGUGCAUUAUUUCUUAAAUGAAUGAGGGUUUUCUGGAAUAACGGUGGCAGCGCUGAGGCGAAAGAUCUUUAGGCCCUACCGCCAAUCGAAAUUGCUUUGGCUAUUGCUAUAAGAUACAGUAAUAGCCAAAGCAAUUACUUUUUGCAUAUAUAAUAACAAUAUUGAAGAAAAUGAGCGCGAGGGAUUUGAAAACCUUCAGUGGUCAGAAAUAACAAAAUGAAUUCAAAAUCUAUAGCAAUAGCCCAGGCAAUCCCAAUAGGCGGUAGGCCCCCAGGUCUACUCAUCCAUCAAAUCGCGUAUUUCGUCUUAGUCGAUACUGGCAAUGUACAAAUCGUACGAGCUAAUAAAAAGUCAAUGGAUCAAUUUAAAUGCUUGUUCCAUUAACUCGCGCCAAAAACCUCAUACAUAUAAGAUCUCACGUCACAGUGGCGCCAGCUAGUUACGUAAAAUUUCCUAAACACCCUCAUUUUAGCAAAAUAAGUUUCGAAUACCUGAUUAGACUAAAUGUUAAUAAAUUUAAAUUAGUAGAUGUUAUUAUAAGUAAUUAAUUGGUGACACUCAUUGAUUUUUGACAAGUACCUAGUAUUUACGAUCGUAUAGAGGCUGCAACAGUAUAUAAGAUAAGCGAAAUGCUAAUGUGAAUUCUCGUGUGUAUUAAUUGUUAUUGAAUUGUAGUAACAUUGAUCGAUGUUUUAUUGUGGAAGUUGCAUUGUAUUAUAAGACGACGUAACCGCGAUUUUUACUUAUGUUAUAAAAACUAUAAAGUCAAGAUAAUUUUAUAAUACCAAAAGAAUAAAAAUUAUAUUGUAAAUAAUUUUCAAAUGGGGCCACUUGCUCAUAAGAUCUAUAAAAAAAAUCAGAAGAUAUAAGAAGAUACUAUUAAAACCUUACUCUAACAGAAGUUUACCUUAUGCAGUUGACAUUACAGUGAUGUUUUAAAGCGAAUAUAGCAUAAGUAUGAUUUAAUAAUUUUGGUGCAAGUGACCCUUAACCCUUAAUCAAAUCCGAAACUGCCAUAGAUGUUAUCGAUGUAACUUCGAACUUAUUAAAUACCAUAGAAAAGUAAUGGACUGAGUGACACUUGAAUGGCAUGAAAUUGACAACUAUGUAGAAAGAGAGAAAGCGAUGGUACGGCCAAUAUCUGUAAGCGCAACCGCACAUUGAGCCACUAAUCGCGGCCACUAAACGUGACCACAAGCGGCGGAUGCGCUUUUUCAUACAUUUUGUAUAGUAGGUAGCGGCGCAAGCCGAGAGUUCGAGCCACAAGCUGCGAAAGUCGCUCGAGCUGGCUUACUGUCCAAGGUCUUUUUUUCUACGCCUCAUUAUAAUAAUCAACAACGAAAUCAAUAGUGUUUUAAUUUUUGACCGAAACUCGACAGAAAUGAACGGAAUUAAGCCAAUAAUGUUGCAACUAGUGGCCACCACUAAGACACUGGCGGGUGCGAUUGGUGGCUGCGUCUAGUGGCUUGACUGAGCUCCUAGUGGUGGUGGUUUAGUGGCCUUGACUAUUGGGCAAAUUUGCGGUUGCUCUAACUGUUGGGCGCACAAACGCUUUGUUUUUUUCACACUUCUUUGUCCAGUUUUAUUUAACAGAAAGCUCUGUUCCACUCAAUAAGUUUCCGAUUAAUGCCCAAUCAAUAAGUACUGAUUUAUAUUAGAAUUGUCUAUUGCACUAUACGCUAUUCACACUCUUUCACUGCUACGACCUCCUAGAAUUACAUUAGAAUAAUCAGAAACUAUUUUUUUUUAUGAUAAAUAAUUAACCGGACUUUGCUCAUUCUUCAAUUCUUCACUCAUUCGAGACCUCGCGAUAUCAAUAUUCCUUCGAAAACUGCCUUUGGUAAACUAUACCAUUAUUACUUACAUUAUUUCGAUUUUAUUUUAUUUAUUUUUACAUAGCUCAUCAUCAUGCUAAAACGUAAACUAAACUUAAGUCAAAUAUCAAGUAAAUAGUUUUAUUAUUGCCUCUAUAGUAACAUCAUAUCGUGUUGUAGGUACUUAGACCAAGCAGGAUGUCCGCAUUUUAUUGAUAGGUAGAUAAAAUGUUGUCUUUUAUUUCUGUUCAUAAAAAAAAUGUCUUACUUAGUUUGUCACUGAAUUUUAAUAGGCCAAAAUACAGUGGAUCCCCGGUAGUCCGACAAACAUUUUGCAGGGCAGUGUCGAACUAUCGAAUUUGUCGGAUUAUAGAGUACUGCCUAAGACCCCUAUAGUCCGUUUUUUUUUACAAAAGAGUACCUUGUAAUCCGACAAAUUACAGAUCCAAUGAUAAGAUUACACAUCAUACUUUGUUAUGUAUGUCAAAUUUAGUAAAUUAAACAACACAAUAGAAAGAUUAAGUUUUAUUAUUAAUGCUAUAGAUUUUACAAAAAAAUAUAAAAAACAAUACCCUACGCGUCGAGCACAAUAGUGAUGGUGCGUACAAGUUGUAACUUGUUCAAUCGUGAAUUAGCUAAUACUUGUAUGUAAUAGACGAUGUCGGAUUAUAGGGGGUGCCGCAUUAUCCAGGGGCCGGAUUACCGGGGCUCCACUGUAAAUGAAUUCCAUCCAAGCACACCCGGAUUUCAUAAGACUGAGUAACAAAGUUUUUCUAAUUGUUUGACAAUACAUAAACGAAUUUUAUAAAUUUUAUUUUGGUCUGCCUGAACACUUUUUCGAAGUUUUUAUGCAGCUAUAAGAAGCAUCUAGGAACUUUAUAGUUAAUAUUCCAAAUAUCUUAUCAAUUGAAAGAUAAAUAAAAAUAAUAUAAUAAUAACAUUAAUUACUUAACAGUGCUGAAUUUGAUCUAUAUUUUUCAUUGAUAAAGAAUAUUAUAAAUAAAUAAAUUCUUUAUUAUUUGAAUGUUAUGGUUAUGGCUUUGAAUUUGUAUCUUUAAAAGAGCUUAACUUAAAAACCUGUUAAAGUCAUUGUAUCGCUUUCGAUUGGCUUCCAUUGAUAAGUUAUCACGUAGUAAUCAAUAUCAUUGUUCGCUUCAAUCUUUAAACGUUAUCCAAUAUAUCGUGAAAGUAAAUAAAUUCAUUUGUUUGCCUUCACAAAAUUAUUUCAAGACUUCAUUAAUUUUCUAUAAAUAUUAAACUAGUCAAAUCUUAUAAUCAAGGCAGUAGAUAGCUUAAACUGUUAACAUCAUAAGUGACAAAACACCUUUUUGACUUUUUACCAUCUUUGCGUGACAUUAUUAUCAUAUUAAAUUCAUUUAUAAUGUAUGUAUUCUAGAAGAUCUGAUGACUUAUAAAAAGCAGUAAUAUCUUAUUUUAGGACAUGUUUACAAGUAUUUAGUGCAGCGCGUGCUUGAAGUACACGAGUGUCCUUUUACACUAAAAGAUUGAACACAAUGUUUAAAAUUGAGAAAAUACUACUUGGCUCAUUGUAUUAUGCACUCGUUAAAUUAUUUUUAAAUAAAAUAAUUAAUUCCAUUUAGUAAACACUAUUAUUACAUAGAUUCCUUAUACUACGACAAAACCUGUUUUCUGUUUUGUGAUUUCUACCCUCAUUAAAAACAUCUCAUUCUUCUUCGUUUUCUUUCGGUAAGUACCUACUUGUCUUUUUCGACUCGUAAACCAACGAAAAUGAUAAAGUAAAGCAAUGAAAUUCAUUACGUAAACGUUUCAGAAUAAUUGUAAGAAACCUUACUAUACUACGACAUAGUCAUAAUAAUGUGCAGAAAUAAUUUUUAUCAUCAAAAGCUUUCAAACAACGCUUAAACCAUCAUGUAUAUACGUUCAUAUUAUAAUAUAUAAUUCCGCUCAUAACUGAAAUCCAUACCGUUGUUAUACUGUCAUUGUUUCACCGGAAUAAACAAAUGAAAAUGCACCUAAGUACUAUAUAAAAUGACGUACCUAUUAAAUAAAUGUAUAUAACUAAUUAGAUAAUUACUUACGAUCACCUUAGGGCUGACAUACGCACCCGUAUUAAUAAACUAUGAGCAGUAAGCUUGGACUAGUUACAUAGUAUUUUGUACACAUCACUCAAAUGCCAUUUUGUAAUUCGGUGGACAACGACAAAAUAUUAAUUAAACUAUACCAGCUUACACUAAGUUUAUAAUUAUGGGCCACGAUGUUUAUGCUAGACUUUAGAGAUACGGGUCGCAACCAUCUUAUAAUGAUGUUUGAAUGGUUAUCAAAACUGUGUAAGUAGGUCUUCUAUCUUAAAUGGACUUAGCAAUCGAUCAAUUUUAAUGUAUCGCAUUUAUUAGUAUUCAUAAUUAUUAUGUUAACAUUGUACAGAACAAAUUGAUUGUAAUAUUGAUUUUUUGUAUAUUUUUCAAAUAUAACGUAUAAUUCCAA